GGGAGCCGCCGUGCCAGCAUCCACACCCCGGGAUGCUGCUGCGUGCCGGGUCGCAGGGACGUUCCUCCCCGUCCCUCUGCGGGCGGGUGUAGGGGAGUCCCUCGCCCCGGAGCCUGCCUUCCCCGGGGGCUGCAUUCUCCCUCCCCGGGGAACGGAGCACGGAGGUCCCUCUGGAGAGCUGUGCACGCUCAGCGUGAGAGCUGGGAGUGGAGGCUGGCACAGCGCUGGGCUGUUGGCAAGCACCCUCUCCUGCACCCGAGGCGAACGGGGAGUCCCCCCGUCAUCUCCAUCUCCAGCCCUGAGCAUUUGGUGGCCUCUCAGCAGCUUGUGCUCUGCCUGCAGGGAGCAGCCAGUAGUGGGAAUCCCCCUUCCAUUCUCCCCACUGCCUGCCUGGCAAACCCCUACACCGCCCAAGGCGGUCCUGAGCAUCUUCAAGCCGAUGAGAACGAAGACGCUCAGCAGUGGGGAUGGGGCUCUGCAGGGGCAGUUUUGGAUGACCAGACAGCAGAUGUCCCCCCGUCCUGUCCCAGCAUAUGGGGACACCCUGCAGGAGCUGGGAGGCCACCCAGCCCCACUGGCCCCCUCAGGUACUCAGCAAGGGACUCCCAGUCCUAUCCCAGUCCCAUGGAUAUCUUGCACAGGAUCUCCUCAGUGGUUUGCAGCCACCACCCCUGCACGCCUGGGACAUGCACAGUCACAAGCCCCGGGUGACAGGGCAUUUAGGGUAGGCUACAGGCAAAGGAUAAGAGGUUCCUCCUCCUCUACGCAUUUCUAAUGGCUCCUUUGAGACAAGCCACACAACUCCCUGCUGGGAAGCCUCGCUGAGCUGUAAGUACAGGGUUUUUUAUUUGGACUGUUAAUCUAAAUCCAUUGUACCUGGUUGGAAAAGACCCUGCGUGCAAUGCUCCCUGCACUUGCUGCAUCCUCACUUGAAUGUCUAUUAGCACCUUCCUUACCAUUCCCUUGAGUUCCCUCUGCCAGGUAGAAUAAAUAUACAUAACUUCCAUUUGAAAGCCUUUGAGAAAAAAAAAUAUGUUGUCAAGGGAAACUCUUCUACCAUUUCUUAUAGACAUGCUUGAUCUGUUUUAUAUUUUAUUCUUACUGUCACAAAUGCAUAUACCAGGGAUUUUUUCCUCCACAAGAUAGAUAUUAAUUUGAACGCCCAACACCCAGCUCACACUGGGCUUGUGUAAUUCUGACGGUUGUCUCAAAAUAGCUUACAAUAUAUUUCAACAUCUAUCAGAAAGAGACUGGCUUGCUCUGUUCCUUUUUUCCAAUCAUUCAUGGAAAUUUUGGGUCAACUAAAGGAAGAUUUUGCAAAUUCACUUUAUCCCAGACAGACAUAUUUGUAUUCUCUGUCCGUCAGGCUUUUAAAUAAAAACUACCCAAGCUUCCCAAAGUAAGCUUCUGUUUCCCAGCUGAUACCCCUGCAAAUGUGAAUGGGGUGCACAUGUGCUUUGAUAGUCCAGCAGGGGAGAUCGCACUGAGUCCCAGUUCAAAGCCCAGUUUUGUUCUAAAGCUAAGCUUAGCUGUUCGUGAAACAAAUAGGCAAGAGAGUUAUAAAACUAUUAAUUGCUGCUUUAGAUUCCUAGAUGAAAGCUGUAUGUGGGCAGAAAUAAUUUGGUCUAUUCAUAAGCAAACAUCAUAAAGGAACAUCUCUGGCAGUUCAGUACCCUUCUCCUCGCUCUGCUUCCAGUGCAGGAGGGAUGGAGGGAUUUCCCAUGGCUACAAACUUGCAGGGUCCUGACACCCACCUUUUAAUUUUGAGUGGGGAGAGAGGUAGGAGCCAUCCCCUUCUGGCUCUGUCUCACCCAGAGGCACAGCUGUGCGCUGGGGAUGGUCCAGCUGAACUGGAGUAAUGCUUCAGGCUUGUCCUGCCAUCCUGGGCCAUCCUGUGCCCCAGCCCAGCCCCUAAACCACCUUGCCUUUGAUUUUGGUGGCCUGAAUUGUCAGAGAGGCUGCUCUAUAGGGAGGAUGCAGAGAGAGUCUGAGGCUGGUUUUGGGAUAAGCCGGAUCCACAGAUGCACCUCCAGGGCCCCCCAUCUGUGUGUGUGUGCUUAUAGCCUGAAUGCAUGAGCAUCCUUCUGGAAGGAACCUGGAUUAGUCAUCCCUACCCCACAGAUGGGCUGUGUGAUGUCUUCUCUGGAAAAGCUAAUCUGACACUGAAAUUCCAAUUUAUCUCUGAAAGAAGGGUUUACACCCCUUCCUCUCCCUUGCUUUUGGCAUAAGCUUUAAAAAUGUAUCCUUCUCUUUCUUCCCUCCCGUUUGAGAGGCAAGACAUUGAGUCCAUUAAGCUCUGAGGUUUAUCACCAGCUGGUUUCCUCCUCCAGACGUGGUGAAAUGGAAGUGCUGGUUGGGGUGCAAGCUGUGUCUUUAAGGAGCCCUGGCCGGGAGAUGCAGUGGAGUUCGCAGAUGCCUUUGCCAGGCUGUUUCACACAAAUCUGGCAUUUCCUGCACCCACAGCCCAGCUCAGCUUGAAAACACCUCCGGGGCUUAACCAUGGCACCAUUACCUGUUCCUCUGCAGCUCUGCUCUGCCCUACAGAUUAGAUGUGACCCCCAGGUCCCUCCCAGUCUGACAAAGCUUUUACACCGAGGUUCUCAGACUGGAAAGCAGGUAGAGCCCUGGUGUUUGCCCCAUAAAUCCUGGGAGAUGGCUGAUGAGGAAGAACUCAUGGGAAUCCCUUGUGUGGUGUGACCCACUUCGUGUCACUGAGCUGGCCUUGGCCCUCGGUGGCUGCUGUGUGACCAGGCUGUUCUCUGUGGGGUCUGCUGGCACCUCAGCAUCACUGCAGGGGCUGCAGCCUUUUUACCCUCAGCUCCUGCUGCCUGCUUGUGCCCUGUGUCCCUGCAGUCCCUAAAACCUUGGCAAAUUCUGUGGAUGACAUAAGACACCCACAGAAAAUGGAAAAAAAUGUAAUUCCUCCACCAAGAGAGCAAAGCAGUGUCCCUCAACCCCCACCACUCUGUGCCAGGAGCAGGGAGAUCCUGUGAGUACAGGGCUGCUCCAGGUGUCCCCUGGUUGUUUUGAUGAAAAAGGUGGGUGGAAAAAUCUGAUUUCAAGGUGGUGCAUAAAGAUCACAAUGCUUUUUAUUUGCCUUUUUGCUCUAAAUUUCUGGUCAAGGCAGGUUAAUGCCUCUGCAUCUGGGAAUGCUUCUCCUUCUUCCAUGCUUUAACUGUUUCUCAUUAGAAAAUAGAAUUUCUGCUGCACAAAAAAAGCCCAGCUCCCUGAAACUUAUAAAUCCCUAAAAUGCAAUAGAAAUCAACACUCUGGGUUUUUAUUUCCCAAUCAAUAUACAGAUUUUAUUCAGUCAUCAAUGAUUCUGAAUCAUGUUUUCGUUAUGUUUCAACAUAAUCAAAAUAAUCUUAAUAUUUUACAUGGCAGAACACACAAGAGGAAACAAAACAGGCAGAUGAAUUGUUUUGACAUUUCUUCCUCUCAAAUUCUCCCUAAAAUCGACACCUUCUGUGACAAUACUUUGAUUUUGGCAAAACUGCCUGUGCUGCUGGAAAGAUUGCACCAUCUAAGGGCUUUCUGACCAGGUCUAAUUAGUAGCGUAGGUAGUGGGGCUACAAAGCACUUUGGCAGAAUCACAGCAGUGGUGAUUUGACAAGAUCUAAAUUUUCCUCCGGGAGACUCUUUGGGGAAUAAAUCUUCUCUUCAGUGACUAAUUACCUGUUUGAAGAAGAAGAGCCCCAUGGGUGCCGUGCUGGAGGUGAAUUAAACUGCCUUCCUUAGGCCAUUAACAACCUGCAAAGGGAGAAAAUUUAGGAGGGAAAAAAGCAAGGAAAAGUUUCAUAUGGAAGAAUCAUUGGCUUUUCUUUUUUUAGCUUUCAUACCACGGGAGAACAACAGUCUAAAGCUGUUUUUCUCCCCUUCUUUCUCCUUGGUUCUCACUUUUCAAAAUGCAAACAUCCCUCCUCACUCCCCAGGGUGCUCCUCACCCCCCAAACCCAGGAGCACCCAGAUCUGGGGGAGCCCUGUGUCCCCUCCAGCCCCGCUGUCUCAUCCACAGGUGGAACCCACUCCUGCUCUGCUGAUCAUGGUCAACAAGACCUUAAACUACUGGGGUCCCAGUUUUGAGGAGGACGUUAUCAACAUCAACGUGGGGGGCCUGCGGAGGCGGCUCAGCUCCAGCGCCCUCUCCAAGUUCCCCGACACCCGCCUGGGCCGGCUGCUCUCCUGCGACUCGGAGGAGUCCAUCCUGCAGCUCUGCGAUGACUACGACGUGAGCGCCAGGGAGUUCUACUUCGACCGAAACCCCGGAUUCUUCCUCUACGUCCUCCACUUCUACCAGACGGGGAAGCUGCACGUCAUGGAGGAGCUGUGCGUCUUCUCCUUCUGCCAGGAGAUCGAGUACUGGGGCAUCAAUGAAUUCUUCCUGGACUCCUGCUGCAGCUACCGCUACCACGAGCGCAAGCUGGAGAGCCGGCACCACAACUGGGAUGAGGAGAGCGAGGUGAGCAGCGUGGACACGUCCCCUGAUGAGAUCUCGGACAUCAACCACGACCUGCUGCGCUACAGCACCCUGCGCUGCGGCAACCUGCGCAAGCGCCUCUGGCUCACCAUGGAGAACCCCGGCUACUCCAUCCCCAGCAAACUCUUCAGCUUCGUGUCCAUCAGCGUGGUGCUGGUGUCCAUAGCCACCAUGUGCAUCCACAGCAUGCCUGAGUACCAGGAGGUGGAUGAGAAUGGCAACGUGCUCGAUGAACCCAUCUUGCACAAGCUGGAGUAUUUCUGCAUCUCCUGGUUCACCUUCGAAGUAUCCUCCCGCCUCCUGCUCUCGCCCAACCCCAGGAAGUUCUUCAAGCACCCGCUGAACCUGAUUGACAUUGUCUCAGUGUUGCCCUUCUACUUCACCCUCCUGGUGGAUGUGACCAUGGGCAGUGACUCGGAGUUGGGCAACCUGGGCAAGGUGGUGCAGGUGUUUCGGCUGAUGAGGAUAUUCCGGGUGCUGAAGCUGGCUCGGCACUCCACUGGACUGAGGUCACUGGGGGCCACCUUGAAGCACAGCUACAGGGAGGUGGGGAUCCUGCUGCUCUACCUGGCCGUGGGGGUCUCUGUGUUCUCUGGAGUGGCCUACACUGCUGAGAAGGAGGAAGACGUGGGCUUCGACACCAUCCCGGCGUGCUGGUGGUGGGGCACGGUCAGCAUGACCACCGUGGGCUACGGCGACGUGGUGCCCGUCACCGUGGCAGGGAAGCUGGCGGCCUCGGGCUGCAUCCUGGGGGGCAUCCUGGUCGUGGCACUGCCCAUCACCAUCAUCUUCAACAAGUUCUCCCACUUCUACCGCAAGCAGAAGGCGCUGGAGGCGGCCGUGAGGAACAGCGGCAAGAAGGACCCUGAGGAGGUGGGGAGCGUCUCCAGCCAUGACCGAGACUCGGAGGCUCUGAGCGAGACCUCCCUGGGCAGGGACAGCCCCGAGCGCCGUGGUCUGACCCCCGGUGCCCAGCCCAGCCCCUGAGCAGCCCUGGGGCACCUGGGACCUGCCUGCCCACGGUGAGCACGGCACCGGGACACGCCGGAGGAGCCGCGGCUGGCAUCGCCCUGCCCUGGAAAGGACAGGAGGGGUUGGAGGAGAUGCCCAGUGGGUGCUGGAUGCCUCCAACUCCUGUGCCUGCCUGGAUGUGUUUCAGCCUUCAGCUUGCUCACCCGUGGCUGCAAAGGGAGGUUGUGGUGCUGGAUAUACCCCAGCCAAAAAGGGAGGCAGAAAAUAAGAAAUACAAGUGAUCCCUGAUCAGGCACUGCCCCUGGGUAUGGAGAGGGAUUUUCCUCUGCCCUAACGUUUUAUGUUGUCCAGGGUGAGGUUAAAUAGCUCACGGAUGAGGCAGCCCUCAACCAGGCUGGCAGCCCUUACAGAUCCUGUGCAAUGUCGACAACUCCAGCCCCAGCCUUGUCCUACCCCCAGCAGGAAACAGGCUCAAAAGGCUCAACUGCCCCUCCAGCCAUAAAGGAAAGGGGCCUAGGAAUGAGUCUGUAUGGGAGGAGAGGUAGAGGGUGAGCCCCAUGCUCCCCAGGCCCCGCAGUGGGAUCGACUGAACCUCACCUUCUUUCCAUUGCUAGGAUUUAUCUGCUGUCCUGCACUGCCACUGCCGGGACCCCCAGGGAUCUGGGGCUGUGCUGGGAGUGUGGCACAGCUGGGAGCACUGCCCACACGUGGGGGAGGGACACUGCCCACACACCCAGGGGUGACCAGGAUGGCAGAAGCAACACUGUCCUCUGAGGCAGCAGCAGUCAGAGGGGUCAAGCUGGGGGAACUGAGGAGCCAACCUCAGUGGGGCGUCCCCCAAGCCCCCUGGUCUCCCUUGCCUCAGCCCCUAGCCUGGCUUUAUCCUGCCUCUUCCCUCCCUGUCUCAGGGCCAGGAGGGCCGUAAGGAGGGGGUCACACUGCCCCAGGUGUCCUCACAGGCAGCUGAGCUCCCCAGGUGCCGCUGCACUCACUUUCCCUCACUUGUUCCUGCAGGGAGAGAGGUGGGGCAGAGGGGACCUUGCACUGCUUUUGUCACUGCAGCCUCUGAGCACCUCACAGCCAGGCAGGGAGGUUGGCCUGGAACACCAAACCCCUUCCUGCCCAGACCCCCAGCCCACCUGAGCACUUUUGGGGCUGCUCCCAGCACAGCAUUAAUUCCCUACAGAGCUCUUCCCUGCCCUCCCACCCCUGUUCUCUGUUUGGAAAUUGUGCAGCUCUGUGGCACACAGAGCAGUGCACCCAGCAAUGCGUGUUUCCAGCAGGAGAAACGUGCAUCCCACAAUCCCAAACCACCUCAAACACACGCUAAAGGCUGCAGGAUGACCCCAGGAUUGUGGCUUUGCUGCUGGUUGUCCUGGCUGGGUUUCAGCCCAGCUGCAGCUGCUGGUGCUGGCUCUGCCUGGAGCAAUCUGCUGGAAAGCCAAACCAACACUGGGGCAGGUCCAGCCUUUCCAAGCCCAGUGGGACUCAGGGAGGGUCCCCAAGGAAUGGUGGUGUGGGAUGGGAGGGUGCUCAUGCUUCUGGCAUCAUCAAGUCUUCCAGUACCAACUCCAUGGUCUGCUCCAUGCUUAUUCCUGCUGGGAGCUGGGACUGGGGAGCAGCACCCUCUGCUCCAACCAGCUCCUGCUGCACUGUUACUUGAAUACAGGAAGGAGUUUCCCCUCCUCAACAUAAAUAUUCCAGUAGCAAAAUGUAUUCAAAUGUGAAGAGUAAAUUAUAUCUAUUAAUGAAAAAGCAUUAUGCAAAUAAUUAGGAGCAUGUAAAUUAAUUUUCUAUCUAUGCAUGGGAUGCAUACUGUAUAUUUUAUUAAAGACCUCAAUGACCCGC